AUGGCAGAGGAGGCAGACAGCGGGGUGUCUUCACGGGCGGAGAGGAAAGCCUUAGAAAAAGCUAAAAUACUGCAGCGGGAGAGCGAGAGAGAGGUCUUCAGACUGGUUGGACGAGUCCUGAAGAAACCGGAGGCUGAGCGGUCAGAGGAGGAGGCGGCCGUGCUGCAGCUGCACAGAGACACUGUGGAGGAGCUCUGCAGGAGAGAAGUCCGCAGAAAUCUGCUCAAGAGGAAGCAGGAGGAGGUGUGUGAUGAUGCUGAUGAGCUGAAGAGUAAAGUCAGAGAGCUGGCUGCAGCAGUCAAACAAGCAAAACACUUUGUGGUUUACACUGGAGCUGGGAUCAGUACGGCAGCUUCCAUCCCAGACUACAGGGGCCCUAAUGGGGUGUGGACACAACUACAGAAGGGCCGAACAGUCAGUUCGUCUGAUCUGAGUAAAGCCAAGCCAACCUUCACACACAUGUGCAUCAGGACACUUUAUACGGAAAUGUUGGUGAAGCAUGUUGUGUCUCAGAACUGUGAUGGACUUCACUUACGCAGUGGUCUUCCCAGAGAUGCCCUGUCCGAGCUUCAUGGAAACAUGUUUAUUGAGGUGUGUACGUCCUGUUCCCCUGUCAGGGAGUACGUGCGUUUAUUUGACGUGACAGAGCGGACCUCGCUCCACCGCCACGGAACAGAUCGCAAGUGCAUCCACUGUGGUGGUGAACUCAAGGACACAAUAGUGCACUUUGGAGAACGCGGGACGUUGGAGCAACCUCUCAACUGGAAGGGAGCCACGGAGGCGGCCAAGAACGCAGAUGUUAUCCUCUGCUUAGGCUCCAGUCUGAAGGUGCUGAAGAAAUACGCUUGUCUAUGGUGCAUGAACAGACCAGCAAGCAAGAGGCCCAAACUCUACAUUGUCAACCUCCAGUGGACCCCAAAAGAUGAUCUGGCUGUACUGAAAAUUAAUGGCAAGUGUGACGAUGUCAUGAGCCUUCUCAUGGAGGAGCUGAACAUUCAGGUUCCUGCAUACGACAGGGUGAAGGACCCCAUCUUCAGCCUGGCCACACCACUGCGUCCAGAGGAGGUAGACAGCUAUACUCGUGACCUCAUAUCUCCCCCAGCUGGGCAGGAGGACUGCUCUGGGGACCCCGGGGACCAAGCAGAAGCCACAGCUGUGCAGGGUGGCUGGUUCGGACGAGGCUAUGGCAAAGGAAGGAAGAAGAAAAAAGCUGCAUGAACAUGCCAAAUUAGCAGACUAUAUAAAUUAUAGUCAAGUAUGUUAUGAUAAAUCCCAAUGAGUGAUUCAACUCUCAGUCCCCUGAUGAUGAUGAUGAGAUGGGUGCUGUUAUGUUUAUGAUGUGAUGUCUUUUGGCUACUUUGGUAACUUUAAGUGACAUGCAGCGUGUGUGCGCGCGUGUGUGUAUGCGUGCAUGCGUGCAUGCGUGUGUGUGAAGGGAAGGUUGGAUUUUUGCCAUAUGAAAAUGGCACUGCAUCAUGACUAUAUUAUUUUAUACAGCAUUCUGAGUAGAAGGAAGAUCUAUCAGUGGUGGUUAUGCUGCUGUUUCUUAUGUUACUGCUUUUACGGCAGCUAAGCUAGCUUGGUUAAAAUCCAAAGAAAGUUCUGAAACCACUCCUGUAACAUAAUUCUGUCUGUUGACCCUUUUAUAUACUCCAUAUAUCACAAACACUCAUGUUUUUACAGCAACCUUCAAAACCUGCAGUUUAUUGAACCAGUCAGA